UCUCUCUCUCCCUAUAUAUCUCCCCUUGAAGCUACCAAGAGGGAGAUUGAUUGAUUGAUCUAUCGACAUCGGAUCGAUAAAGAAUGGUGAAGUUCUCAAAGGAGCUAGAAGCCCAACUGAUUCCUGAAUGGAAAGAUGCAUUUGUGAAUUACUGGCUGCUCAAGAAACAUGUUAAGAAGGUGAAACUGUCCCGAAUCUCUCAGCUUUCACGAACCACUAAUUCUAAUCAUGAUUAUGGUGUUUCCAUAUUCGAUCCGGUUCGCUCUUUCAUUCGUCGCUUCUCCUGUAAUGACAACCCACCUGAUCAGAUUCUUCAGGUGAGAAAUACAGAUUCGGAACAAGAUGACGAACGCGAAUUAGGGGAAGAAGAAGAAGACGGAGAAGAAGAUGAUGAGACUGAACUUGUUGAUCAUUUGUACUCGGAGGAAGAUGAGGUGAAGGAGUUCUUUGAAAAAUUGGAUGAGGAACUAGAUAAGGUGAACCAGUUUUACAUAAAUAAGGAAAAGGAGUUCCUUGAAAGAGGAGAUAUGUUGAUGAAACAGCUCCAGAUUCUAUUGGAUCUCCAGCAAGUUGUUGAUUGCCGGAGACGAUCAAACAGCUUUAACUCCACCACCUCGUCCGGGUUCCUACGCUCUUACUCAUCUGGUCGGACCUCUGACUCCGAAACUGGAUCUGAGUUUGGUGAAAGGGAUGGAGAAACACAGACUGAUGACGUGAUAUCGGCUCUAGAAAAGAACGGUAUCAACGUGGUUGGUGCAGCCACAAAGGGAAAGACUAAAGACGGAAAGCCUAAAAUGUCGAUGAGGAUCAAUAUUCCAGCAACCACGCCUACACGAACCAUAACAGCAGUUACGUCUAUGCUUUGGGAAGAUCUAGUCAACAACCCAAAGAAACACGGGGAGUACAUCAAUCGCAAGAAACUUCAGUGUGCCGAAAAAAUGAUAAGAGGGGCUUUUGUCGAACUCUAUAGAGGUCUUGGUCUACUAAAGACUUAUAGCUCACUAAAUAUGGUGGCUUUUGUUAAAAUAUUGAAGAAAUUUGACAAGGUGUCUAACCAGUCAUCAACAAAUUACCUCAAAGCUGUCAAAAGAUCUCAUUUCAUUAGUUCUGAUAAGGUGGUGAAGUUAAUGGACGAAGUGGAAUCAUCUUUCACUAAGCACUUUGCCAAGGAUGACAGGAAAAAAGCCAUGAAGUUUCUAAGACCCCGGCAACAAAAAGACUCUCACAUGGUCACCUUUUUUGUUGGAUUGUUUACAGGUAGUUUUGUGACCUUGUUUGCUGUAUAUGCCAUAUUGGCACAUAUCAGUGGCAUGUUCUCCCCUGGUACAGAAGCCGGUUAUGUUGAAACUGUCUACCCUGUCUUCAGCAUGUUUGCAUUGCUUAGCUUGCACUUAUUCAUGUAUGGGUGCAAUCUCUUCUUGUGGAAGGCAACAAGGAUUAACUACAAUUUCAUAUUUGAGUUCCAAGCUACUACGGCACUCAAGUAUAGAGAUGCAUUUCUUAUAGGAACAUGCAUGAUGACAGCUGUGGUCUCUGCCAUGGUAUUACAUCUUAUCUUAGUUUCCAAAGGAUUUUCUCCAUCCCAAGUUGACACCAUUCCAGGCAUUCUUCUUCUCAUAUUCAUUGGGUUGCUUGUAUGUCCAUUGAACAUCUUCUAUCGCCCAACUCGUUAUUGCUUUCUUAGAGUCAUUCGCAACAUAAUCUGUUCUCCUUUGUACAAGGUUCUGAUGGUAGAUUUCUUCAUGGCUGAUCAACUUACUAGUCAGAUCCCUCUAUUGAGGCACAUGGAAUCGACGGCAUGCUACUUCCUGGCAGGGAGUUUCAAAACACAUGAAUAUCAAACUUGUAAGUCAGGGAAGUUAUAUCGGGAGCUUGCUUAUGUAAUCUCCUUUGCACCAUAUUAUUGGCGUGCUAUGCAGUGUGCAAGGAGAUGGUUCGAUGAGGGUGAUGUGAACCACUUGGCUAAUUUGGGGAAGUAUGUGUCAGCCAUGGUUGCAGCUGGGGCGAGGUUAACGUAUGCACAACAAGAAACACAACUGUGGUUAAUCAUUGUUUUGGUGACUUCAUUGGUUGCCACCAUAUACCAACUAUAUUGGGACUUCGUUAAGGAUUGGGGACUUUUUGAUUCUAAAUCCAAAAACUUAUGGCUUAGAGAUGAACUUGUGUUAAAGAAAAAAGGCUUCUACUACAUGGCUAUCGCUUUGAAUUUUGUUUUGAGGGUGGCUUGGUUGGAGACUGUUCUACAAUUUAAAGUUGGAUUGUUUGAAUCUCGAUUGCUUGAAUUUUCCCUUGCUUCGUUAGAAGUGAUACGACGUGGCCAUUGGAACUACUACAGACUGGAAAAUGAGCAUUUGAACAACGUUGGCAAGUUUAGAGCAGUGAAAACUGUUCCUUUACCGUUUCGUGAGACUGAUUCUGAUGGGUGAAUCAAAGAAUAACUUAUGUCCUUUUACCGUAAGCCAAAACAAGUGUACCUACAGGCCGGGUGGGUGCCAUGUAUAGGAUAGAUGGUUCAUUGGUUGGGACUGCUUGAAUCAAAUAUCAAAAUCCAUUUUAUCGAUUGAGGAUGUGAGCCGCAAGGCUGUGGAGGAUAUGAUGAAAGCAAACCAAAUAAGUUUUUUUAACCGCUCUACUCUACUGUAUGUAUAAUUUAUCAGACAUUGAAUCUCUUUCUUGAAUGAAUGAAUGAAUAAAACCCAUCUUCCAUUUUUAUAAA